AUGAGGCCCCUGCUCCGCCGAUUGGAUGCGCUGGAUCACGUGCGGGAGCGCGGGCCGUCCGGCCGCACUCGACCCGGUGGCACCCAUAGGCUGGAAGCGGAGUAGUUUCUGCGCAUGCGCUCUAGGUUGAAGACUAUGAAGAUUAACCAGAACACAGUCUUACAGGGGAAGAAGGUGACCCUGGUACCAUACACCUCUGCUCAUGUAUCCCGGUACCAUGAGUGGAUGAAAUCGGAGGAGCUACAGCGACUGACCGCAUCCGAGCCACUGAGCCUGGAGCAGGAGUACGAGAUGCAGCGCAGCUGGCAGGAGGAUGCAGAUAAAUGCACGUUUAUUGUACUGGACACUGAGAGGUGGUCAGGGCAAGCAGGUACCGAGGAGGACUGCAUGGUGGGGGACGUGAACCUGUUCCUCACAGAUAUGGAGGAUCCAACAGUGGGAGAGAUUGAAGUCAUGAUUGCAGAGCCCAGGUGCCGUGGCCGAGGGUUUGGCAAGGAGACAACUCUGAUCAUGAUGUUUUAUGGAGUAACAAAGCUGGGAAUUACCAAAUUUGAGGCUAAGGUCGGACAGGAAAAUGAAGCUAGUAUCUGCAUGUUCAAAAAGCUUCAUUUUAAGGAGGUUGCCGUGAACAGGGUUUUCCAGGAGGUGACAUUGAAACUGGAUGUGAAUGAGCAGCAGAGACAGUGGCUCCUGGAGCAAACUAACCAUGUGGAGGAGAAAAAUUAUAGUGUGUUGAACCUACAGACCCGUGCCUCUGAGACCUGACACCUCUUCCAGAAGCAGGCAGGCCACACCCCUGCUAAGUCUCCAGGGAGGAAGAGUUUGACAACAUUACUGAGUUCAAGUAUGGAAAACAGCUUGGGACCAAGAGUGAAUCAAACAACAAACUGCUUUGUUAUUACUCCACAUACCUGGUGUACCACCUGUGAAAUGGUGAUCUUCCACUGCAAUCCAGACAGAGCAUCUACAGUGGCAUUCCUUUGAAAUAGUGCCUGGAAGCUGGGAUGGAUGAACAGAUGCUAACAGGUUAAGCAUAGAAGUACACCUUGGCUGGGAAUGGCCCUUUUAGCCACAGAGCUCCCUCUACCCUGUUCUAGGAAGGGACUCUCUACACCUCCAGGGCCUAUAAACAUUAGUGAAUUGGCCAGCAAUGCUGUCAGUCUGUGGAUGAGCAGAGUAGAUUGGGUUCCUAGCUAAAACCCCACCAUCCUUAGCAGAGUUCCUAGUGUCACAAAUGAAGUCUGAGCCACAAGAGACUCUGGCCUGCUUUGUCACACAACCUGAUACAUACAAUGUGACAACAUGAUCUGGUAUGCAAAGUAGCUCCGUUGCCAUCCUUGGCUGGUAAAGUGGUGGUUACAAGAUUUAAAAAAAUAAACCAGUGGGGCUGUCCGUGGAUCUGCUAGACAAGGUGUUAAUAUUCCAGGUACUGCAGGCACCAGGCUUUCCCCUCCUGGUCUCUGUGCUUAGUCCUGGGGUGCCACCAUUGGCAGCUGCCCCGCCAUCCAUCUGUGCAUGCUCAAACCCGUUGUGUAGCUCAUCACAGCUCUUGGUUAGUGUGAGCACAGCUUAGUAGGAGAGGCCGGGACAACUAAGAUCUGAGAGGGAUUGAGUGCCCUCCUCUCCCAUUGAAGUGAAUUUGAGUUGUGGGUACUUCAUAAGGGACACCUGGCUGACUUCCCUUGAACCAGCAAUGGUAAACUAUUACAUCUCUAAAAGGUUAGGAACUAAUGUGCUAAACUGCCAGCAUGUAAAAAGCGGGAAAUCAAAGAGGAUGGAAUGAGAGUACUAAAUUACUUCUGUGCAUCAGACUUCACCAGAUGAUGAUUUUUGAUGGGUAGAAAUGCCUGUCUCAGUGCUGCUUGGUACAGGUACUGAAAAAGGUCAUCGCUGUGAUGGGGUAUCCAUAAAAAGGUGAAUGAGGAAAUUAAAUUGCACAGAGGAUGUAAAGAAUAAAGCAGCUGAUCUGCUACUAUGCUUAUUUAAAACCAUCUACGUUACAAGUCAACCAGAGAAUGGCUAACCCCCUGGAACCCAGCCUUUAAGGAUGCAAUAAAUAAAACCUGUGGAACUGACUGCUGCAUGGUGGCGUUGACACCUCUAAAGUCUCAAAACCAGGAUUCGUGCUCAGGUGAAUAAGAACAUGCAUUCUGAUACCGCAGUAAUCGCCACUGGAGUUGGGAAUUUUUCAACAAAAUGGUUUUUCAUUUAAAAAUGCCAGUUUGUCUAAACCAGAACUUUUUGUGGAAACAUACACUUUUGAUAAAACUGGAGUUGGCAAGGUUUGUCAGAUCCAGGAUGGAAUUUCUGGUCAAGAACAGACACCCCUCUAGAAUGAAUCAAUGAGAGCAGGGCCUCAAACUUGGGUCUCCCACAUCCCAGGCAAAUGCUCUAAUCACUGUGGAGGGGUAGGGGGUGCUGUGUUUUCAUGCUUUUUUUUUUGAAAGGUCUCCGUUCUCUUCUGCAUUAGAACAAAAACAAAUUUUGAAGCCUUAGCUUUUUAUGAAAUGGAAAGGAUGGGUUCUGACCGCCCCUCCUUGCCCCAUCAGUAGUGAUAAUGGGUUUCACCCUUUGUAUAAAACUGCUUUUCAAAGUGGGACAAGCAGUCUUGGGAAAAUAGUCCCAUUCUCAAAGGCAGCUCAGUGCUGAGCCGGGAACCUCUGCUUACUGUGCUCUGAUAAGAUAGAUGGGGGAAAAAAGUGCCUCAUAUUUUGAGGUGGUGUCCUUGAGGGUAAGUGUUGGUAGCAAUCCUCCUCCAUUAUUUGACUUUCUGAAAAGAGGCCUGGGGCCGCUGGACAUUGUUGUAGAAACGUAGUGGGGAAAACCCGUACUUUUAUUACAUUGCAUGGAGGGAAAGACUUCGAAUGGUGCUAAUUUUGUUGUUCCUCUGUGAUAGUGAAGUGGACUAAAGCCUGUAGUUGGGGUCUGGAAGCUAGUUGAAGUCAAACAUGACAUUCUAAUGGAAAUAAGUAACCCUUGUCUGUAUAAAUGGAGCCAUUUCAUCCCCUCCCUGCCCUGGAUUAUAGUGUGUUGAACCUACAGACCCGUGCCUCUGAGACCUGACACCUCUUCCAGAGGCAGGCAGGCCACACCCCUGCUAAGUCUCCAGGGAAGAAGAGUUCUCGGUGUCAGGGCAUUAGUAAAAUGAAACAGGCUCCAUAGUGGACAAAACCAGGGGGCAAUCUGCUGUUCCCAAAGACCCAUAUGGGGGUGCAUAUAAACAACCUACCCCUGCACCCAGCCUCCUACCUUACAACUGUUCCUUGUACUAGGCCUGAAAUGGUGCCGGACAGGGAGGGAGAGAAUGACCUGCGGUUUGGUAUGCGUGUCACUGGAAAUUCUUUCCUCCUGCUCACGGGUGUCAGAUACCUGCUGCCCUGUGUUUGAGUAGUUCAGUUCUCACUUCUUGCUGGAUUGAGGGGCUGAGAACACAAAAGACUAAUGGAUCUGUGUGGCUGCCGGUAGCUGGGUUCCCUUAGCCGUAACUCACCCUGUCUAGAAGCGCUAAUGAGGCCCAGCCCCUUUCCCUGACUGAAGGAUGUGACGUGAAUUAUGAAUUUCCCCCGCUGACUCCUGGAGCCCUGCAACGCUUCACAAAAUCAUAUCCAAAUCAGAGUUAUGAGCAAAGAGAGAAACUCUGAUGACGUCCUCUCCUCCCCAAACAAGUGCUUUCACCCCACUGGAAACAGAGCUGCAGAAAUGUAACUGGGGAUGAGGGACAGAUGUAGUUUACAGUCAACAGGGAACUCAGACGGUUGGAGAUCUUCCAUUUCAGCUUCCUGCUGGGCUUCCUCGAAGAGGUACACAACAGCCAUCCCUAAACACACUGCCUCUAAGUGAUGGGACCCAAACCGCAAGGCCUAUAAAUCAAUGAAGGAUUAGGGUUCUUUGUAUUAACACUGCUAUGAUGUGUCACACCAAGAAAGUUAGCUGGGGCAGUGGGUCGUUCGGGGUAGGAAAUUCUGAUUCCUAGAUAAAGGCGUUGAGCGAGGAUAGGGAAGGCCUCAGAAAGCGACCCUGGAAAAAACGGGAACAGCAGCCACGGCACAACCACUCCAAUGGCCGUGCUUUAGUGUCACAGGAGGAACAGAGCGGGGCGCGCACAGGACACCGUUCACAAAGAGAAUGAAUGGGCACUUGGCAAUAAAUACAGGAAAUGCGACAGCCAGGUGCAAGUAGCUGACAUAAAAACAGCUGUAGGGACAGACCAAUGCAUUCAACCAUUCCUGCCUUUAUAAUAAAUCUUUUAAUGUAGUUAAAUACACUGCAUGUUUAUGUGUCUAUAAUGUGUGUGUACUACAGCUGGUGUGAGUGAUUAAUUCAAAUAAACUCAUUUUCCACACAUACUUUAAUACAAUAAAAAAAUCAUCCAGGA